CGCGAGACGCAGAGCGGCGCGGCGCCGAGAUCGCCGCCGCUGGGGAUGGGCGCGCUGCCGGGCGCCCGGGGCCACGCGUGCGUUGCGGAGGCGCCGGCGCCGCCCGUGCGGUCCGUGCUGCGGCACGUGCAGCUGGAGAACCUGGCCGCCGGGCUGAGCGGCGGCGUCGUGUCCACGCUGGUGCUGCACCCGCUGGACCUGGUCAAGAUCCGCUUCGCAGUGAGUGAUGGAUUGGAGCUGAGGCCAAAAUACAAUGGGAUUCUCCACUGUAUGACCACAGUCUGGAAGCAUGAAGGACUACGAGGCUUGUACCAAGGGGUAACUCCCAACAUGGUGGGAGCAGGGGCUUCCUGGGGACUUUAUUUUUUCUUUUAUAAUGCCAUCAAAGCUUACAAGAAGGAGGGGAAGCUGGAAAGUCUCACUGCAACUGAACACCUGGUGUCAGCUGCGGAGGCGGGAGCCAUGACUCUCUGCAUUACGAACCCCAUAUGGGUAACGAAGACACGACUUGUAUUACAGUACGACGCUGGUGUUGAUCCAUCAAAGCGGCAGUACACAGGAAUGUCUGAUGCUCUUAUAAAGAUAUACAAGGCAGAGGGCAUACGUGGCUUGUAUAAGGGAUUUGUUCCUGGUCUGUUUGGAACUUCACAUGGAGCGCUUCAGUUCAUGGCAUAUGAGGAUUUGAAAUUGAGAUACAACAAGUACAGAAACAGAAUGUCAGAUACAAAAUUGAACACUGCAGAAUACAUAAUGAUGGCAGCUGUAUCCAAAAUAUUUGCUGUGUCAGCAACGUAUCCCUAUCAGGUUGUACGAGCUCGUCUUCAAGAUCAGCAUAAUAGAUAUUCUGGUGUGUUAGAUGUGAUCUGCAGGACAUGGAGGAAAGAAGGAAUUCAUGGAUUUUACAAAGGAAUUGUCCCCAAUGUGAUCAGAGUGACUCCUGCGUGCUGCAUUACCUUUGUAGUUUAUGAAAAUGUGUCGGGUUUUCUACUUAGUUUUAGAAAAGAAAAUAAUUAAAGGUAAAAGUUUGUAUUGAUAAAAAAUAUAUCCUUUAUUUUUUUAAUAUUUAUGAUCUGGAAGGUAGUUACUUCAGCAGCCUAUUUUGACGCUGUGAAUUGAUCUGGUAUUUUGAGGAAAGAACUCUGAGAUAGCGAAACCCUGCCUACAUCUCUUGUGCUGAGGGUGCUUGUGUUGCUGCGUUCCUCUCCCUCUGAAUCAGCAGUGUCUGCUCAAAACAGAUGUCUGCGACUGUGAAGCAGCAUUGUGACUGGGUGAAGGCAGCUGUGCAGCAUUUCAGCUCAUCCUGGCCUGCCUGGAAUAAUGGACUAAUCUGUUUGAUAGGUCUCAAGAUAACAAUUGUUCAGAUUGUUGUACAGAAAACUUCAUAGAAAAGCAAUUCCGGUGUCUGAAGUGUCUGAACUUUCUUAAGUCUUUAUCUGAGUCUCAUGAAGAAAAUAUGUAUGUAGUUGCUUACAGCAAUGUCUUUGGAAUCCAUUUCUGUUAUUUGUCAGAUUUUAGGUUAUGGAAUGCUCCAUAUUCCGUUGGUCCAUGCAGCCUCAGUGGGGUGCAAUUUGGAAACUCAGAUUGUUUUGUAAACCAGUCAGCUGUCCAUUCUUGAUUUUGAGUAAUUGCAAAUUGAAAUCCACUUCUUGUCUCAUACCAAGACAGACUUGCAGUGUGGUUUUUGGCUUGUUUUUAACACCAGACCAAAGUCUGUUGUGCACAUUGUUGGCAGCUUACUUCAUUUGAUUUCUCACCACCCCACCCUCCCCGGCCACAGCUCCAUUACUGGUACAUCUGACUAAAUACUGCUUAUUUGAAAGAAGGCUUACUUUAAAAAAAUAAUCCAAAUAAUCCAUUAGCGAUGCAGUAUUAAAGCAGCUUUAACAGAGACUGGUCUUAGAACAAAAAACCCAUAGGUUUUCUAAAAACUGUGUGCAUAGGGCUUUCUUAAAAAGCAGUGACUUCUGAUUUAGUCUCAGGAAGUGCCUAAGACUAUUGCUGACACAACAGUAAGCUGAAUUACAGUGCAUUUCAGUACAUUUGAAUAAUAAUGUUUAUUUUUAUGCCAGUAAUUGCUGACAAAGAUAGGUGCUUUUUAGAGACUUGGGUUUAAUUGUUGUAGUUCUUCAAUAAGGAAAUAAUUUACUGAGCAUAACAUCUGCCUUCUACUGUUAGUAUGAAGGAGAAUCAGAAAUUAUCAGCUGAGGAGGAAAGAAGCUAAUAAAGAUUUUCAACAGGUGUGGGGAAAUAAUGAGUUUUAUAAGGCGCAGAGAACGCUGUCAUCUAGCAAAACAUCCGAAUAACCACUUAGAGAAGUUCCUGUUUGUUUAACAGAAGACUAACCAAGAGCAGAAAUGAGGCUAUUUAUUUUUAACUUUUGUUUCUAAUUAAGAAGAGUUGGUUUUACUUAAGAUAAAUUUGAAAGUCUCCAAAACUGCUCAGUAUUUUGAAUCUCAAUUCAGCAACCUGGUUGCUUGUUUCUGUUGAUGCUAUUGCCACGCUUUGUGUGGGCUUGACUUUUUUUAAUAACCUACACCUCCUCCUCCCCAGUUCCAUCCUCUCUGCUGUUACAGUUGAUAAUACAUUGUUAUCUUGUCUGAAAAGGCAUGUGACUGGCUUUUUUUUUAAAUUAUUAUUAUAAAAGCUUCUAUUGACAUUUAGAUGAAAAUGAAAUUUAUCAGAAGUUUACUGUGCAAAUUAACAUACAGAGUCUUAAUAGCUACUACUUUCUGGAAGUUUUUACCUGGGUUUCUCUGCUUUCUAGUACGCAGGGUCCAAAAUUUAUAGUGAAGAUUUGAAUAAACCAUUAAAAAGUAAUAAAAGUCCUGUACUUACUUCCCUGGAUCUGUGUGUUCCAGACCUAAACGGGACUUGAGAUCCAGGAUAAAUGUAAAGACAGGCCACAAGCACAUACACAAUUGGCUACUGUCUGCUGACUAACGUGCUGUAAAUUCACACCAUGGCUUAGCUCAUAGUGUCUGUGUUUAGAUAGAUACCUUGAAAACUAUCUUCCCAGCCAUUGAAACAGUGACAGUUCUCCAGAGUCAAGGAGCAGCUAUGCAAGGUGCUGGCUUGCAGCAGCAUCACAUACAAGCUCGCAGAGAGGAAAGCCUGAAUGCUCUCUUACCUGCAGGUGCGUUCCUCUAGCAUUUUAAAGGUGCAGAUGAGCUAGCAAUUUAAGAGAUGCCUGGGGAAAAUUUUAUAACCUGUUCAGAAGAAAAGCUAGGAUUUAGUAUCGGAUAGCUAAAAUAAAUUCAUCAUCUCAGAUUUAUUGCUUUUCCUUUCAGUUUCUGGACAGGGUGUAUUUCUGCAUGUUAUACAUGCUUUUUUGUUUUUUUAUUAUUUCGUUCAUGUAAAAUUGAUUUUGGAAUGUAAACAUGAUUAGAUUUUCCCUUUAGAAUCUGCGCUUCUUUAUGAUUUAUCGCUUAUUGUAUUGGGAAGAGAAUCCUUAAAGCACUGCUGCUAAUGCUGCACUAGCUACAAGACACGCCAUGGUCAGUGCUGUCACUCCUCGUUAUUUCUUCUCCACUCUGGAGGCUGCAGUCAAAUAUCUGCAACAUCAUUCUUUCAGCUGAGCAGUCCACUUUAGGAAAGCCAAGGCAUUUCAGCCUGCCUUACUUUUGUAUCUUCCAAACCACUUCACAUAUCCAGCUUUAAUACCAAAGUGAUUGUAUAUAUCUGACAGGCUAAAUUCAGGAGAACUAUUUGUUGGAGAAAUGAAACCUAAGUUUUGGAACUGUAAAAAUACUCAGUUUUUGCAUAGAUGAAUAAUAGAUGUUUGCACUGAAAUCUGGUCUCUCAAGUGGAGGAGGGAAGGAAAGGUUGGAUAGUCUGCUUUUACUUAGUUGUUCAGAACAUAUUUAACGCUUACCAGUCAUCAUCAAGGUGCCAGUUAAAUCACAGGAGGUCGCUGGGAGACAUAAGACUUCUAACAGCAGAGUAUGCAAUUCCACAUUCUUUCAAAGAAGCAGAUGUUACAGGUAUACAUUUCAAAAACUAAUGCCGAGGUCUGUACUUACUUACAAGUCUGAAGUCUUCUAAAACAAGUGUGUACCAGGAUGCCAUGUCAAAUACCUUAAAGUUUGCUGACCAAUAAAAUAUCCUGAAUGUUA